UUCUAUAAAAUGCAUCAUCGUGUUCAUUGAACUGUGUGCUCAAAGCAUUUUCUCUCUCUUCUUUCUCUUUCUCUUUCUCUCUCUAGAAACAGAGGAGGAGGAAGAAAACGUAUGGAGAACGCGAAGACGACGAAAUUGAUAAACCUUUUCUAUUGUGAAGAGUCCGAGGAGCUCGCCCGCAAGGUCGCCGCUGAAUCCGACGCCAUUACUCUUCAGUCAAUCUCUUGGAGGAGCUUUGCAGAUGGGUUUCCUAAUCUUUUUAUCAACAAUGCCCAAGAUAUAAGGGGACAGCACGUCGCCUUUUUAGCCUCUUUCAGCUCUCCUGCAGUCAUAUUCGAGCAGAUAUCAGUAAUAUUUGCAUUGCCGAAACUCUUCAUAGCAUCCUUCACAUUAGUUUUGCCGUUCUUUCCAACCGGUUCUUUUGAACGAAUGGAGGAAGAAGGAGAUGUUGCAACUGCAUUUACUAUGGCGAGGAUAUUGUCGAUGGUGCCCAAAUCGAGAGGUGGUCCAACUAGUUUGGUCAUAUAUGACAUUCAUGCUUUACAGGAAAGAUUUUACUUUGGGGAUGAUGUUUUGCCUUGCUUUGAAACCGGUAUCCCUUUGUUGUUGCGGCGUCUUUGUCAACUUCCUGAUGCCAAUAAUAUAACUAUAGCAUUUCCAGAUGAUGGAGCAUGGAAGCGGUUUCACAAGCAGUUGCAGCAUUUUCCCAUGGUAGUGUGUGCAAAGGUGCGGGAAGGCGAUAAGAGGAUAGUGCGACUAAAGGAGGGGAAUCCUGAAGGUCAGCAUGUUGUCAUUGUCGACGAUUUGGUUCAAUCUGGAAGCACACUUAUCGAGUGUAAGAAACUUUUGGCUGCUCACGGUGCUUCCAAAGUCAGCGCCUAUGUGACUCAUGGCCUCUAACCAAAAAUUUCUGCAAUUUCUGUAGGCUUCGAGAACCCAUUCACAUACUUCUGGAUCACAGAUUCUUGUCCUCACACUGUUAAGGCCAUUGCCAAUAGAGCUCCUUUCGAGGUUCUGAGCCUUGCUGGGUCCAUCGCAGAUGCCCUUCAAAUCUAAAGAUACCAGUUUGGAGAGAAACUGUAAUAUAUAGAAAUUUUCAUGUAUCUGAUACUCUUCUUGGUGAUCUUAUUUAUGUUGGGGAAAUUGAAGUUCAUGAUUGAAGGGUAUUUUCUCUGGAAGAAUAAAAACCAGUAGGGCUUGAAGAUUAUUUGUUAUGAUUAAUACAUGUUUCUCUAUUGCGAUUUGCGAGAGCAGUUUUCUUGUGAAAUUCAAUUCGAUCUGUGAUUUUAUUUGGUUUAUGUCCUUCUGUUGUCUGAGAAUGUUACUGUAUGAAGGAAAGUUGGACAUAUCUUGAUGUGUUUAUGAA